GUGUGUGUGUGUAAAAAGAUUAGAACUGUAUAAACACACUAAAAUGAGUUCCAUUAUUGCGGGGCUUCAGGGAUGCUGGUUCCCGCACUAUUCAUUAGUCAUGAGGUUUGAUGUUGAGGUGAAAAUGUUUGCUAAUCUAAGGCACUUACAAGCCUGUCUAAAGCGUGUAGCACACUGCAGAUUAUGGCUGUCCACUAGGUAUCGCUGUAGCCACAGUUAAUCCAGAUAACUAUGUUUUGAAUAUAGGCCAAUAGAUAGCUUGUUUAGUACGUUAAACUCAAAGUUAAAGCGUAGUAACUUUCAACUCUAAAUUGGUAAGUCAUAUUUUUAACGAGUUUAAAAUCACUAUUACAUUUUUGACAGCUGGACGAAGAUAUGAAUGAUGGUUUCGCUUCAAGUUGUCCAAACAAAUCCAACUAGCGUUGUGUUUUUACCAUAAUCACGAGGAGCGCCGAGGCAGGGUUGAGUUGUGAAUUCUGGAAAAAUCCACACGACUAGCUGCAAAAUAGCUAACGUUAGCUACAGGUAGCAGGUAACAGAACAGCAUAGGGUGGCCUGCCUAGCUAUCUAGCACUGUAGACAACAAGCACAAACAACAGGUGCAGCCGAAGUUCCUGUUAUCAUUAAAACGGCGGUAAUUUGUUAACUUGUUUUUUGUACAACUAAAAAAAGUCCAUGUUCAGCAGUUGGAGGAUUUGAUUUGCUAAUCUUAGGAAAACGCCCUUCCCUUUUCAGAAGGGCACUGAAUUGAUAAUCCUCGUCUUUCCGGCAAGACAAAACAGAGCUAGAUAUUUGCUGAGUUUAAAUUAUUAGAUCCGCUAAACGGUCAUGUGAUUGCAGGGGCCUCUGGCACCUAACUGUAGGCCUGGGAAGAGAGCCAAGACGCUAACGUUACACACAAUGGCUUCUGUUUUCUCUUCCAUUUGACAAGUUUACCCCUCCCUUCUUAAUCCAUAUGGAAAGAGGCAAGGUUAGGUCAUUUGUAAUCGAUGUCAAUUAUUCAACCGAAAUAUACCAACAACACAUUGGUGAAAAUGCAAUAUUUAAUAUAAAGUUCCAUUAGGUUAUGUGUAAGAUCUAAAUUUCAAAUGUAAGUUAUGUUUCUGUACUUCUUACGAAAUAAAACGUAAUGUCAACAUAUCCUUGCCUUAAUUGUUGAAUACAAAAAAAGUAUCCUAGUAUACUCUUGCAGGAUAUGUAGUCCUGUAAUUUCUUCAAAGCGUUUCAGUACAAAAUUAUCUCAACCGUGUAUUCUUCAACACACUACAACGCGUGGGCUUAUGGUGGGCCUCUAUUUUAAGGGCAGCCGAAAUGUUGCUGGUGCUAUUUUUGCACUUGUGCAGUAACGUUACUAGCGACGCAGCGGACAACACAUGCCACCCAGCUCAUUAGUGGACUUCCCGUCAACGGGGAAGAGCAGAGGAAGGGCCCGCUCAUGAGAUGUGUUACAGUAAGAGAAAAAUAUCUUUCUGUUGUAGGAGGAGACCGACCGUAUCAAUAGGAGGGGCUGACUGGUAGCAGUGUGUUUGAAGUAGGUUGUGCGAUAGAGCCUGCUUCAGUAACAGAUAUAGGCCUUGGGGUUUUGUUGUGCUGAGAAAAGGUCCAUGCAGGGCAUUGUGCCUACUUGCACACAUAUACCACAGCAUUGUGGGAUUCUUGCGUUGCAUGAUGAUGUCACUUUACUUUGUUUUGUUUAACAGAAUCACACGCUGUUGGAGCGACGAUGAGUUCCCACGUGAAGCUGAGAAAGGAUAGGGUCGGUGUGGUGACCUACGACACACAAAUCAAAGAGGUCCGCAGCCAGCUAGUUGACCAGCUGAAGGUUCUAGACCUGCAACUGGAGCACAAGACCCAGCAGAUGCAGGACCUGAGUGAAUACCUACGGCGGCGGGGGGAGAUAGAGGGCGACUACGCCCGCUCACUGGAAAGACUCGCCGAAAAGUUCACGUCCAAGAUCAAGAGGAAGGAGCCCAGUGGCCAGUCAGUGGCCCAGGUGUGGCGGUCCCUGCUGGCCCAGACUCGCCAGGAGGCCAGGGACCACAGUGGUCUGAGCGAGAGCUGCAGCAACCUGCUCAUCCAGCCACUGGCUAACUGCCUGGAGUACACCCAGCGCCUCUCCAGAAAGAGUAAAGAGGUGUGUGCGCAGCUACAGGACGGACUGUUGAAGGUCACCAUAGAGCUCCAAACAGCAUGGAGGACAUACUUGCAGUACUACUCAGACUUUAUGUUGGCGGAUGGGAAGCUGAAGGAUGCAGAGAAACAGGAGGAAAAACAGAAAACCAAGAAAAUGGAGAGGUUGAUAGAAAAAAGACAGGGCAAGGUCCAGGAGAUCCAGGUGAAGUGCAGCAAGGCACGAAACGAGUACCUUCUGAACCUGGCCGCCGCCAACGCCUCAAUGAACAAGUACUACCUUCAGGACAUUUCCACGCUCAUAGACUGCGCAGACACGGGUUACCAUCAAACGGUGGGCCGUGUGAUGCGGAGCUACCUGUCACGGUGGAACCGCGCCCAGAAAAACCAGAGCACCGGGCUACAGCAAAUCCAGGGGACCGUUUCUGGACUGGUCCAGAACAUGGACCGAGACAACCUCCUGGAGACUCACAACAACACCUUCUGCCUCCCCCUCCGCUUCCAGUACCAACCCCACGACGGAGACCAGGUGUGUGAGGUGAGCACAGAGCACGAGCUGAGCACAGAGCUGGAGACCCGGUUCAAACAGAUACAGAACAGGCUGACAACCGUCUGCCAGGAGACGGAGGAGUCUGGGAAAGGCCUGAUGGUCGGCCACUCCUCGCUGCUGGAGAUAGUCUCUGACGACGACCUGGAGCCUAGUGGAGGAGGUGGUGGUGGUGGUGGUGGCGGCGGAGGAGUUGGUGGUGGCACCAGUUGCUCUCAGGAAGAGGGCGCAGAGAACCAGGCAAGCAAGCCCAGUGCAGCCCGGCGGAGAGCCAACCAACAGGAGAUUGAGCAACUCUAUCUCACCAAAGUAAAGGAGUACCUGCUAGGGAGUUCAUUGGCAUCCAAACUUCAGGCUAAGCAUGAUUUGCUUAAAGUAGCAGUUGAAAAAGCUCAAGCAACAAAUGGUCAACAGCGCAGGCUUAAUCCAAAGUCUGUGCAUAUGAGGAGGAACCAGUCAAAGGCCAACUUGAGUCACAAACCUUUCAGUAGCGACAUCCUUCCAUUCAUACAAGCUUCAGGACAGGUAAUCCCGGAAGUUGUUGAGAGCUGCAUUCGCUUCAUCAACCUGAAGGGUCUCCACCAUGAAGGAAUUUUCAGAGUUCCUGGUUUACAAGCAGAGAUCAUCAGCCUGAGGGAUGCCUUUGAGAGAGGAGAGGACCCCCUGACAGACCAGCCGGUCGACAUGGACUCGGUGGCGGGGGUGUUAAAGCUCUACUUCAGAACCCUGAAGAACCCCCUGUUCCCUUUAGAGAGCACCUCACAGCUGCUAGAGGCCUUCCAAAUGGAGAGUGAGACAGAGGAAGUGGCUCAUCUGAAAUUGGUCAUCUCCGCCUACCCUGCUCCUCUCGUCGUAGUCAUGAGAUACCUCUUUGCAUUCCUUAACCACUUGUCCCAGUACAGUGACGAGAACAUGAUGCAGCCCUACAACCUGGCCGUGUGCUUCGGCCCCAGUCUGUUGAGGGGGGCGCCGGACGAGGACGUGGUUACGCUGCAGCCUCAGAUCAACGCGCUGGUGAAGAGCAUAAUCCUGCAGCACGAGAGUGUGUUCCCCAGCCAGGCCGAGGUACAGGGGCCCGUGUAUGAGAAAUGCAUGACACUGGAACAGGACGACUGUGAGCCAAUCCUAGAGGAUGGAGACGGGGAUGCAGAAUGUUUACAGGAUCCAGGAGACCCGCUACCGACGCAGAGAAAAGGAGAGCGCUCUCGCUCCGUCAGCAGGAGCUCCUCGGAAAAGAGGCGGUCCCGACACGAGCCAACAGGGGGCAGCUUCAGCAAGGGAGCAAAUUUCUUCAACUUGAAACUUCCAAUCGGCCCACAGGCCAGGCCCUCCCCCCAUUCCCCCGGCUACAUCAGACGGGGACAGAACAACUCGCCUUCUGAAGAAGUGACGGUCCUCGUUGACAAGGAGAUCUGGGCCCAGAUGGACACAGUCUUUAAAGAGCUUCUCAAUCGACAAGGGGUCCAGGAACCCCCCUCUUCCUCCUCUUCCUCUACCGUCCCCGCCGCCUCCUCUCCGUCUGCCCAGAGCCAGUCGAAGAAGAAGAAAGCAUGAGGACAGAGUGGAGCCUGAGGGGGCUUUUAAGAAGGGCAGAUCAACUAAACAUAGAAGAGAAAUGGAUAAAAAGAAAGGAAUCAAAGAGCGACAUGUGUGAGCAUCUGUUUAAGUUAUUGGAGAGAAUGUGUGUUGUUUGUUGUGUCUUUUGUGUUUAAGAGACGUAUCUCACUGUCUAACAAUGACUUCUGUGGAUAUGUGUGGCAGGAAAGCUUUAGUUUAUGUUUAUACAGCGCACCCUUGUGGUUACUGCACAGAACAAGAUGGUAGAUUUUUCAAGCUAUUAUUCAUACAACAGACUGGAUUGAGAUAUUGAGCAUUUAUUUUUUGUUUGUUUUUUUACCGUUCUACAUGAUAAAAUACUUGACAUGCGCCCAUUUCUUUCGGCUGUUUGUAUGGGAUAAUAAUGGUGUUUUAGGCCUUUCAACACAAAUAGGCCUUGUGUUGAACUUUGAAGGCCAAACUAUUAAAAGUGCUCUUAAUCAAAAAAAAAAUCACUCUCGACCAUGAAGGGGUGUCACUCACGCUAAACAAACGGAACUAACACAUACACGCAUCAAUUCAACCUGCUGUCCAAAAAGAUGGGGUCACUUAUACAUUAGAUAAACUGUGAAAUUUUGAUUUUGUAUUUGUACUGAUCAGUAUACGAUUUUAUUUUCACGUGGUGAACUGAUGGAUAAUAAAACAAUAUGCCAAGA